UUAGAUUUCUGGAUGCUAGUUUUGUAAACUAUAUUAGUGAAAUCUGUUUUUGUUGUAAAAAAUUGUCAUAUUCUAAGUGAAUAUAUUAACUCUUUAUUCAUGACAAUGUCUAGGUUGUUACGCUAUUGUUCAUCAUUGGUUGAUACCCAAUCAGCAGCUGCUUUAUAUAGUAGAAUAUUAUCAUCCUUCCCCAGUGGAUUGCAAAUGGCCUUUUCUUAUGGUUCGGCAGUAUUUCAACAAGAAGAUCACCCGUCCAAAGAUGAGAAUAUGUUAGACUUUAUAUUUGUUGUAGAUGAACCUGUAAAAUGGCAUAAAGAAAAUUUAGUUCUUAACAAAAAACACUAUUCUUUUUUAAAAUAUCUAGGUGCAAGAUUUAUAACUAAUAUUCAAGACAAAAGAGGCUCAGGUGUUUAUUUCAAUACAUUAAUUCCUUUUGAAAAUAGAAUAAUCAAAUAUGGUGUGAUUAGUACGGAUCGACUUAUUACUGAUCUCUUGGAUUGGGACACCUUAUAUGUAAGUGGUCGUCUCCACAAACCUGUUCAUAUUCUUAAAUUUCCAAAUAAUCAAGACUUAAAGAAUGCCAUGCAGAUUAAUUUAAUGAGCGCCGUUCACUGUGCCUUACUGCUUCUUCCAGAAACUUUUACAGAAGAGGAACUUUAUCAGACUAUAACAGGUUUAUCGUAUAGUGGGGAUUUUAGAAUGACUAUAGGUGAAGACAAAAAGAAAAUUGAGAAAAUAGUUAAGCCCAAUGUGAUCCAUUUCCGUAAAUUGUAUCAAUCUAUACUAGAUAAUGAAGAACAUGUAUACUGGCAUAAAGAUACCGGUAAAUUUGAACAGUAUCCUAAUUAUGUUUCACAGUGGCACCACCUUAAUUUACUACCCUCCACUGUUCAGAGAAAUUUAUUACAUUCUCGAUAUAGCACUGGACGUUAUCCCGACUAUGAAGAAGUAUUACGUGCAUUUGCUCAUGAUAGUAAUUGUUCAGACCAUGUAGCUGCAUCUAUAUCAGAUAUUGUUAAAUCUUCUAGUUGGAAUCAAAGUGUUAAGGGUAUCUUCACGGCUGGUAUAAUCAAAUCAGUCAAAUAUUCUUCUCAAAAAAUGAAGAAAAUGUGGAAAAGCAAAUGAUGCAUAUUAGUAGAUAUCAGAUUAUGUAAUGUAAUAUUUAUGACUGAAGUGUGUGUGUAAAAUUAGGAUAAUUAAAUUGUAUUAAUAUAAAUGGUU